UUCUCUCAGUUUAAGUUCAACCCGCGGAGGAAUGUGCUGGUGAAGUGCAGUGAAUCAUUUUCUAAGAUUCCUACAUAUUUCUUUUGUUUAGAAACCCACUAAUGAGUAUUGGUGACCGACCCAUCCAUCCUUUGGAAUGGUUGAAUGGCACUUACUUAUAUUUUCGAAUCCCUAUCAGCCAGUGAAGUGUGACUCGCCGCAGUGACCGACCGUAAAUUGAUUGAAUUAAUUUGCUCUCAUUGAAACUCUCUUGCUCAUCGGCUUCGAUGAUGGUGGAACAGUGAGAAUAUCAGCGGCUUGCCUUUGACCUUUGUUCACUAAACAUCAACAUAAAUAACCGUAUCACCUUCCACAAGGCAGACGCUUUAACGUAGAUUACGCGUCCACUAGAGCAGGAUGCUGCUCGCACAUGCUUACAACGUUUUAGUAGGUUAAGCCCACCAGCAGCUAUCGUGAGUACACACGAUGGAGAACAACACGUCGAUCGAAAUCGACGCUUCAAAGGACGAUUUUAAGCCGAUUAGCAACUUAAGUUUCCGGAAAAUCUCCUACGUCGUCAAAGGAAACGAUGGAAAGGACAAACAGCUACUGCAUGGGAUAAACGGUUGCUUCCAAUCUGGUCGUUUGACAGGAAUUCUCGGUCCUUCCGGAGCAGGGAAGUCUACGCUGCUGAACAUUCUAAGCGGAUUCAAAAUAAACAAUGUCUCCGGAGAAAUUCUCGUCAACGGAAUCCUCAUCAACAAUAGCAAAUACCGCAGGGAAGUAACGUACACUUCCCAGGACGUCAGCAUGCUCGGCAACUUAACGGUACGGGAAAGCCUAGAUUUUGCUGCAGAACUCAAGCUUCCGAAAUCGGUCUCCUCUGCAUCCAAAUCGAAAACCGUCAUCGAUACCAUCAAACUUCUGGGGCUGCAAAAGUGUGCCAACAACUCGGUGCAUUCCAUAUCCGGUGGCGAGAAGAAGCGGCUCUCCAUCGGACUGGAGCUGAUCUCAAAUCCGAAGAUAAUGUUCUUCGACGAGCCGACCAGUGGGUUGGACAUUAUCGCUGCCAUGCAGGUGAUUUCGCACCUAAAGGAUCUGGCCCUGAGUGGCCGCUGUGUAGUCUGCGUGAUCCACCAGCCAAGUUCCAGUAUUCUGCAGAUGUUCGACGAUCUGAUGGUGCUCUCGGAGGGAAGUUGCAUUUUCAAGGGUCCUCUUGGUGAGUUGGUGUCUACGUUUAAGGCGAGCGGUUUCGAGUGUCCAAACUAUUAUAAUCGAGCGGAUUUUGCAUUGGAAGUGGCGAGUUUGAAGCACGAAGGGAAUUUGGUGGAGUUGAUCGAAAAAUGUAAGGAAGAUUACGUGGUGGUUGGGAAAAACGUUAACGAUAGUGUGAAUAGUUGUGAAAAAGAUUCGAUGCUAGUUGGAAGUGAUUGUGGGAGUUCGGAUAGUUCGGAAAGUGCGGAUAGGCAAUAUCCGGUGUCACAGUGGGAUCAGUUUCUGAUACUUACCAAACGGACAACUUUGUGCACGUUUAGGGAUUUGCAGCUGAUGAGGAUGCGGAUCUUGGCGCAUCUUCUGGUGGGGCUGUUGAUUGGCGUUGUGUUCUGGAAGGUGGGAAACGAUGGCUCUAAAGUGCUGAGCAAUGCAUCCUGUUUGUUCUUCUUCCUGAUAUUCCUGUUCUUCGCCAACUCGAUGCCACUGGUAAUGACUUUUCCUCUAGAGACUGCUGUGUUUAUAAGAGAACGAAUGAACAAUUGGUAUUCGUUGACUGCUUAUUUCUUUUCAAAGCUGGUUGCUGACUUUCCAUUUCUGAUUCUGGGUCCAACGCUGUUCCUAGUGAGCGCUUACUACAUGACAUCCCAACCGGUAGAACUAGAACGCUUGGUAAUGCUCUGGGGCAUCUGUAUUCUUCUGUCAUGGAUAGCGCAGCUCACAGGACUACUCGCUGGAAGUUCACUGCCAUUAGAGCUCAGCGUAUUCUGCGUGCCCUGCUCGGUCAUCCCGAUGCUCAUCUUCUGUGGCUUCUUCGUGCGGUUCCGGGAGAUGUUCAGCUUCCUGGUGCCGUUUACCUACGUGGGCUACUUUCGGUACGCCUUCGAGGGCUCCAUGCAGGCCAUCUACGGGUUUGGGCGCGAAAACAUUCCGUGCGAGAAGUUUUGCUACUUUAGCAAGGUGAGCAAGUUUCUGGAGAGCUUCGACAUGGAGGAAAACCGCUUCACGGUGGACGUGUGCGGACUGCUGGCGUGGAUUGUGCUGCUGCAUGGGGCGCUGUUUGUCAGUUUGGCAUUCAGGUUGAAACGUAAUCGGUAGAUUGUUAAGGGGAGUUAAGGAUUAGGUUAAGGUUUUUACGACACUUUUUUAUUCAAAGGAAACUUUAGUAUUUUUGAAA